AUGGCUUCCAGGGCACUCUCUGAGGUCCCACCAAAAUCUCGGUCCUGUGUGGGAGCCGAAACCCAUACUGAUCACUCGUGUCUGGUUUUGAUGCUCUUUGCCAUUGCCAUAGUCACUUGUCUUGAAGCUGCCAAGCUCACUGUGGGGUUCCACGCCCCCUGGAACAUUCAUCAUCCAUUUAGUGUGCAAAGGCUGGGGGCAGGCCUCCAGAUCGCCAUGGACAAGCUCAACUCAGAGCCAGUGGGCCUUGGGAACUUGAGCUGGGAGUUCACGUACACCAACUCAUCAUGCAGUGCCAAGGAGUCUCUUGCAGUUUUCAUCGACCAGGUUCAGAGAGAACACAUUUCUGCUCUGUUUGGACCAGCAUGCCCAGAGGCGGCAGAGGUUAUUGGUUUGCUGGCCGCUGAGUGGAGCAUCCCCAUGUUCGACUUCGUUGGACAAAUGGCAGCACUGGAGGGCCACUUGUGGUGUGGCACCUGUGUGACCCUCGUGCCGCCCAAGCAGGCAAUUGUUGCUGUGCUUCAGGAAAGCCUACGGUACCUGGGCUGGGAAGACGUCGGGCUGUUUGGAGGCUACUCCGGGGCUUCCUGCAGUGAUGGAGUGGAUGAGUUGUGGGAGGCUGUGGAGGAUGGAUCCCAGCUGCAUUUCACCAUCAUUGCCAGCAUGAGGUGCGGUAACAGCAGUCCAGACCUUCUGCAGGAAGACCUCAGAAGCAUAUUGUCUGUCGCCAGGGUUAUCAUCCUGAUAUGCUGCUCAGAGGACACAAAACGCAUUCUGCAGGCUGCAGAGAACCUGGAACUCAACACUGGAGAAUUUGUAUUCAUCGUUUUACAGCAGCUGGAGGACAGAUUUUGGAAAGAAGCCCUGGCAAAUGACAAGGUGACAGGUUUCCCAAAAGUCUAUGAGUCAGUGUUUGUCAUCGCCCCCAGCUCCUAUGGAGAAGGUUCUGGAGAUGAUGGCUUCCGGAAACAAGUCUACCAAAGGCUGAAGAAGCCACCCUUCCAAAGCUCCAUCGCCACAGAGGACCAGGUGAGCCCUUACUCUGCCUACCUCCACGACGCCCUCUUGCUCUAUGCUCAGACCGUGAAGGAGAUGAUCCAGGCUGAGAAAGACUUCUGGGAUGGGCAGCAGCUAAUUGGCACCCUGAGGACUGGCCAGAUCACACUGCAGGGAAUCUCUGGCCCUGUGCUUCUGGACUCCCAGGGGAAAAGGCGCCUGGAUUACUCAGUCUAUGCUCUACAGAGAUCUGGAAACACAUCUCUUCUUCUUCCUUUCCUUCAUUAUGACAGUUUUCAGAAAGUCGUCAGGCCCUGGAGGAAUGUCUCUAAAAUCUCUUGGCUCCAUGGCCCCCCUCCUGAAGACAGACCUGGCUGCAGACUUCAUAACAAGCUUUGCAAAACAGAGCCUCUUGCUGUAGCAGGUGAGCCUGCACCUCUGGCGAUGAUUCUCACAGCGACUGUUCUGGUGCUUGCCACGGUAGCUGCCCUCACAGGCCUGGUGUUAGGGAUGAUGAGAGGGACAGGGCAGAGCCAUCACAGAAACACCUCGUGGCAGAUCCACUACGACUGCAUCACGGUUCUGCCCCAGCACAAGCCAUCCCAACGAGGCACACCUGUGUCGAGGUGCAAUGUUAGCAAUGCUUCUACGGUGAAGAUUUCUGCAGAUUGUAGCUCUGUUGUCCAGAGCCAGCAGAGUGGAGAGAUGUUUUAUGCCCCCGUGGGGCUUUACCAGGGAAAUCACGUGGCCCUCUGCCAUGUCGACGAGGAAGCGGAAGCGUGGCUUAAGAAGCCAAGUGUACUGCAGGAAGUCUGCCUGAUGUGUGAGUUAAAGCACGAAAACAUCGUCCCCUUCUUUGGUGUUUGCACAGAACCGCCUAACAUCUGCAUUGUCACGCAGUAUUGCGAAAAAGGAAGUCUGAAGGAUGUCCUGAGAAACUCAGAUCAUGGGAUGGACUGGAUUUUCAAGCUCUCGUUUGCAUAUGAUAUAGUCAACGGUAUGCUGUUCCUCCACGGGAGCCCACUGAGGUCUCACGGCAACCUGAAACCUUCCAACUGCCUGGUAGAUGGCCGUAUGCAAGUGAAGCUGACAGGAUUUGGGUUGUGGGAGUUGAAGCAUGGCCGCACACACAGGAUCUACAACCAGCAGACCACUGACCAUUCAGAACUCUACUGGACAGCCCCAGAGCUGUUGCGGCUUCAGGAGCUGCCCUGGCCUGGCACCCCGCAAGGAGACGUUUACAGCUUUGCCGUUCUCAUGAGGGACUUGAUCCACCAGCAGGCCCAUGGGCCCUUUGAUGACCUUGAGGAGGUUCCUGAGGAAAUCAUCAGCUGCAUCAAAGACCCCAGGGGACCAGUUCCACUGCGACCAUCCUUGUCGGAGGAUAAAGGUGAUGAAAAGAUUAUCCUCCUGGUGAGGGCAUGCUGGGACGAGUCUCCAGAGCAAAGGCCAACCUUCCGUUCCAUCAAGAAGGUGUUACAAGAAGCCAGUCCCAGGGGCCGUGUAAACCUCUUGGAUAGCAUGAUGGGCAAGCUGGAAAUGUACGCCCGUCACCUGGAGGCAGUGGUGGAGGAGCGGACCUGCCAGCUGGCCGCAGAGAAGAGGAAGGUGGAGAGACUCCUGUCCACCAUGUUGCCCAGCUUCGUUGGAGAGCAGCUCAUAGCUGGAAAGUCUGUAGAACCAGAACAUUUUGAGUCUGUCACCAUCUUUUUCUCUGACAUCGUGGGAUUCACAAAACUGUGCUCUCUCAGCUCUCCCUUGCAAGUGGUGAAGCUCCUCAACGACCUGUAUAGUGUGUUUGAUCACACGAUACAAAGCCAUGAUGUGUACAAGGUUGAAACCAUCGGAGAUGCAUACAUGGUGGCCAGUGGGGUCCCCAUCCGCAAUGGAGCUCAACAUGCAGAUGAGAUUGCCACCAUGUCCUUGCAUUUGCUUAGUGCCACCACCCACUUUCAGAUUGGGCACAUGCCCGAGGAGAGACUCAAGCUCCGGAUAGGACUGCACACAGGUCCGGUGGUGGCUGGUGUGGUGGGAAUCACCAUGCCCAGAUACUGUCUGUUUGGAGAUACUGUGAACAUGGCAUCCAGAAUGGAAAGCAGCAGUUUGCCUUUCCGGAUCCAUGUUUCUCAGAGCACCGCAGAAGCUCUUCUUGCAGCAGGAGGGUACCAUCUGCAAAAGAGAGGCACCAUUUCAGUCAAGGGCAAGGGAGAACAGACCACCUUCUGGUUGAAAGGCAAAGAUGGCUGCACUGUCCUGCUCCCCGAGUUUACUGAGGAGGAGGAAGCUACAGUUCCAGAGGUCUCUUGA